AUGUCCCGUCUUGAUCCUCGUAGGCUCAGUAGUCCAGCCCGCCGGGCAAUCGCCGGGCUCGCAGUAGAGAUACCCAUGGAGCACCGUGGUGUGAUGGCUAUUCGCUUCCUUCUUUUUAUAGCUCUCUUUAUCUUUGGUUUCACAUAUGCCAGCGCACAACCAAGAGUCUAUCACGACGUCCUCAUCUGGAAGCACAAUGCCACCCCACCCCACACUGUCUAUAUAUACCGCAACAUAACAUCGUGGACAGAUAGCAGGGGUUCGAGCAGUGGCAUUACAGAUGGUGGUGAUGAUACAACUCUAUUCGGGAGCUUCCUGUGGAAUAAGACAAGAUCUCCGGGAUCGGGAACACGUAUUUGCAAUGAUACCCGUUUCGCAAAUACAGAAUACGGGAUUGCGUGCGAUGGUAGUUGGUCGCAGGCGAACAGGAUUGGAUUUGAAGAUUCGUUGGGGUUCAGAAGGGAGGGUGAGAAAAAGGGCAUGUUCUAUAUUGAUAGAUAUGUGUUCUGGAUGAUAAUUGUGUUUGGAGGCGUUGCUGUGGGACAUUGUCUUAUUUGCUUGUGUCAUUCUUUACAGCCUGAGGGAAUUGCUUUCUACCGAUAUGAAGUUAUUAUGGACUGCAUAUUAGCAUUAGCCUUCCUAUCUCUAGGCAUCCUUCCGCUAGCAUGGCUACCCUCAGGAAGGCUUGCAGGAAAGGAGGGAUUUCCAGAGAAAUGGAGCUACAACAUAACGGACCAACUACUGAGCAACCGCCCAGACCUGAAGACAGGUACCGUGAUGGGUUGGCUAUGCUUUAUCGCAUUUGGCGCCUUGAUUGCGCUCAACAUGAUACUCAUAGACGACCUAAACAUGUUCGCCAAGAUCAUAGAGAGAACACAGAGCCGGACGCAGGGACGCACUCUCCAUGAUGAUAUAGUCGAACGCGUCUCCGAGUUUGGAGCAGUCGGUAAUACCGGCAGCUACUACUUGCAGCACCCGCCUGCUGCCGCUACUCCGCGAAGAAGGGUUUCGGGGGGUAACUGUGUUUAG